AUGGCAUCGACAGUAAAAACAAUAGAUUUUAUUAAUUUUAUUAUAUCUGUUUAUAUUGGUUAUUUUAUUGUGAUUAGUGGUGUUAUUGGAAAUAUUAUUAAUACUCUUGUUUUUACACAAUUGAAAAUAUUUCGAAAAAAUCAAUCAGCAUUCUAUCUUACAGUUACAGCAAUCGUUCAGUCUAAUCAACUAAUUUUUGGAUCAGCAGUUCGUGUAACUACAGCUGCAUUUGGCUAUGAUCCAACACGAACAUCACUUAUUUGGUGUAAAAUUCGACAGUAUCUCCUUCAAUUUACUGCAGUUAUUUUAGCAAUUAUCAUGUGUAUUAUUGCUAUUGAUCAAUAUUUAGCGACAAGUUAUUAUGUUCAGUUAAGACAAUUAAGUACUCUUAAAAUAGCACAUUGUCUUAUUGCUAUUGUUAGUUUAUUCGCAGCAUUGUAUGGUAUUCCUUUUGCAAUUUUUACAGAAAUUCAUGUCGAUGCCGGUUGUGCAACAUUUAAUCCAACAUUUAACUAUUACUAUUCAUUCAUUCAUUUAUGUUUACUUCUUGGAGUUAUACCAAUGACAAUCUCGUCAUUAUUCAGUUUACUUGCUUAUCAAAAUGUUCGUCGUAUUAUACGACGACAAAUGCCAGUAGUUCGAAGACGUCUUGAUCAUCAAUUAACAGCGAUGAUACUUGUUCGAGUUGCUAUAUUUGUUAUCACAACUACUCCAUUUGUUUGCUUUCGAAUAUAUGAAAUAAACAAUCCAGUUGAUGUGAAUAAUGAAUUUGCUGUUGCAGUUGAUCGAUUAAGUAGUACUAUUAUUACUGCGAUCUUUACUAUUCAACAUGCAGGUGGUUUUUAUAUCUUUUAUCUCACAUCAAGUCAAUUUCGGCGACAAGUUAAAUGCUUAUUUCAUAAAAUAAUCAGGCGUAAAUGUAUGCGAAUAAGAAUGAAUAGAAAUCGUGUUACACCACAAACUGUUGAAGAAUCAAAAUCAUCAAAAGAUGGAAGUUAA